CGGAUGAAGAACCUUUUGAAAGAUAGGAAAUGGAAUCAAUCUUGUUUUAUUUGGUUGAAAAUCAGGUAAUCCAGAAGCUUAAUUGAAUAGAUGCUUUUGAGGAACCUUUUCAGAUUAAACUGGGCUAAUAGACAGGGACCUGCAUAUCAAUGGCCUUACUUGCAAUUGUCAAGAUUGGAAGGCCUGGAUACAGGGUGACAAAGCAAUUUGAUCCAGACACAAAACAGAGAUCUCUUCUUUUCCAGAUUGAAUACCCUGAAAUUGAAGACAAUUCGAAGCCACGGCACCGUUUUAUGUCAUCCUUUGAACAGAGGGUGCAAUCCUGUGAUAAAAGGUACCAGUAUCUUUUGUUUGCAGCUGAGCCAUAUGAAAUCAUUGCGUUCAAGGUUCCUAGCACAGAGAUUGACAAAUCUACGCCCAAGUUCUUCUCGCAUUGGGAUCCUGACUCAAAAAUGUUCACGUUGCAACUGUAUUUCAAGGUGAAGCCACCAGAAACAAAUAAGCCUCCACCUCCACCUGUUCCUGGUUCUAUUGCCAAUGGCACUGCCGCUCCAGGUGUUCCUCCGAGGCCCUUGCCUCCCCCACCUCAAGCUCCGCCUCCACCACCACCACCACAGGGGCUCCCUUCUGGUGCACCUAUUGGAAAUCCUCCAAGAGGUCCACCACCUGCUCCAGGAUCUGCACCACCACCACCUCCAUCGACGGCAAAUGGUCCUCGGCCCAUGCCUCCUGGUGGUACUCCUCCAGUCCCACCACCACCUCCAGUUGGUAGCGGUACGAUGGCAAAUUUCACUCCAGGCACUAGGCCCGCCUCGAUGAUGCCCCCACAAGGUUUUCAGGGCCAGCAGAUUCAAGGCCAGGGGGUUCAUCCUCCACCACCUCCACCCCAUAUGGGACAACAGCUACCUAGGCCACCAAUGUCUUAGCAUCUCACAAAUCUUCUGUGGAGUUUUGUUGCUUGCUUAUGUUGAUCUCAGAGAUGAAUUAGCUACAGAAUAUUAGUAGUUUCAGAAUUAAAGCGGCUGAACAGUGGAAAAUAUUAAUAUUUUACCAAUGAAUAUGGGAUCUAAUUUAUUAAUGAGCUUUAAUGUCUUGGAACA